AUGCUAUGCGAAUCUACGCUUAACCAAAAGCUGGAAACGAAGCCCAUCGAACCGACCAUCUGCAAAGAUGAUGAAGUAUCUCAACAACGAAGUAAAACCGUGUCUUGCAAAGCUUGUCCACCUGGAACCAAACCAAUUAAUUCCACUCACUGUGAGAGCUGCAAGAAGGGAGAACUUUCGGCGCCUGAAGGAAAGGCUUGUCAAGUCUGUCCCGAAGAUGAAGCACCUAUAUUCGGCAUCAAAUAUACCAACUGGACUCGCUUCCCGCCAAGAAUGAUUACCUACUGCUUUGAUGAUGAAGUUGGAUGUCAGCCCUGGCAACUGAAUGGAUCAUCAAUUUACGUUGGUCCGGGGUUACAAAACUACUUCUUGUCGUUCUUGGACUUGGAUCUAGGUGAUGGUUUCCUGAGUUCAAAACCACUUUUGCCCUUCUAUCUCAGCCGAUUUUUGGCCCCACUUCCUGGCACAAAACUCGUAUUCGAAUUUGAGGUGGUUUGUGAAGGGGAAUGUCUUUUCUCCUUCGUUAUGGUGAGUUUGAAUUUUCUUUCUGAACUAAUAUUACUUUUAAUGGUUUCCUUGACGAAAAUUAAUGGGUAUUUUAUUCAGCACAAGUAA